CCAACCAUCUUAUCUCAAUUUUUCAUACAUUCGAUCCUUGUUGUCGUCAAGGUUUCUUGUAAUGGCUUCCAAGGUGGCUGAGGUGGGUUUAGUCGUGGCUGUUGUCGCCAUGAUGAUGCUGUGGAACGGAGCGACGGCUCAGUCUAACAGCUGCAUGAGCUCACUGGUUGGUUUGACGCCGUGCUUGACUUACGUCACCGGGAAUUCGUCGGCGCCGUCGUCGUCGUGCUGCGCGCAGCUCUCCGGCGUGGUUCAGUCCAACCCGCAGUGCCUUUGCCUGUUGCUCAACGGCGGAGGCUCGAAUCUCGGCGUCAAUAUUAACCAAACUCUCGCCCUCGCCUUGCCCGCCGCCUGCAAGGUUCAAACUCCUCCGGUCAGCCAAUGCAAUGCUGCUGUGCCGGCGAGUUCUCCGGUUGGUUCCCUAGCACCGCCGCCGUCGGAGGCGAAGGAAACGCCGCCUCAAGUUCCCAACACGCCGGCAGGGUCUAAAACGGUUCCCUCGACAACAGCCGGCGGCCCCACAUCGGCGGCUGAUGGCACGGCGGCGAAAGCUUCUUUCCGUUUUCUGGGUUUCCUCGUAUUCGCUGCAACAUUAUUUAUGGCUGGUUUUGGAAUCUAAUUUCCGACGGCAUCGGCGUGAUCAUACCAGCAUACAAUGCAUCAUUUCUACUCGAUGGAGAGGGAGCAGCUUUUGACUUGUACCAUUAUUGUAUCAAUUCCGAAACCUGUCAUUAUUCUUUGUUAAUUAGUUUGUGUUUUUGAGUAACUGGUCUGGUGUGAUUAAUUAUAUUGAUUGUACUGUAAUGCUUGGUAUUUGCUUCGCUAUGAGAGUUUGCAAUAUAUUGUUCCAUUUUCAUUCUCA